AUGAAUGUGGACAAAGCCAGAGACGAAAUGCUUGAGAUGUCCGAGCAGGUGUGGAAGGAUGCGGAGCAGUGGCAAAGAGGUAUCCACAAUGGUCAGGCGAUCAUGAGGCAGAUCAGGGCCAUAUAUCUUAAGCUCUUCACCGCGGAGAACAAACUGAACAACGCGGACUCGCGUAAGGGGCUCCAGUCCACAGAGAAACGGUUGAAUUACUUGUACCAACGCCUCCAGCGUCCGCUCGCCACGAUAGGCAACAUUUUGAAAACCCUGACCGGGAUCAGGGACAACACUGCCAGGAUGUUGAACCGCUUGACCCUAUUCAUGGACGAUGAAACACUGGCGAAGCACAGGAUACGGCCCAAGCUCGAGAGUUCCAAGCUCCUGAUGAUGCUGCAGUUCCUAAGCCACCGUUACGAUACCGAAUGGGAGGUCAAGGAAAUGGUCGUGAACGACUUGGAGAGAAUCAGCAACUCCUAUGAUCUGAAUCUUGCGAUUCAGUGCUGGAACACUUGCAGUCACGCCGGAGGUCCGGAGUUCGCAAAGAUGAUGCGCGAAUAUUACCAGAUCAUUGAUCGCCGGCAACCUUUUUGAAGACCUCCUGAAACGAAGUUAAGUCCUUUGACGGGUAUCCCAAUAGGGUUCAUUACAUGUUAAUCCACUAGUUUAAGAAAAAAACUUAAAGCUUUGAAUUUGAUGUUAGUUUUAUUUGAAAAAUGGUUUUUUAGUUUGUAUUUGUUACCGCCUGUUUGCCAAACAAAUCAAUAAUCUGUAAAGAAAUUACAAAAAAUUUGUU